AGUCAAUUAAUUCAAGAAAACCACAGAGUCCAUUGGAGCUUUUGAAGCUCCCCAAGGCCAAGGGCUGAGUCUUCUUUUGGUUGCCAUCCGGCCUCUGCAUGAGGUCCCCAGGAGGAGCAUGUGGGGUUUUCAUUUUCUCUGCUCUGCAGUCUAGGUGGACAACGGACUUCAAUCCUUGCUGCAGGAUAUGAAGGCACAGAACAUUUCUCACUGGCUCCUGGGCAUGGCACUUGUCCUCUGCUCGGUGCACACCCAUAGCCUCAGGAGAUGUCUGAUUUCUGUGGACAGGAGCCUUAUUGAAAAGAGUUUCCCAGAAAUCAAAAGAGCCCUGCAAACUAACGACACCUUCCCAAAUGUCACCAUCCUGUCCACAUUGGAGAAUCUGAAAAGCAUUCAGCCUGUAGAUGUGUGCUGUGUGACCAGCCGCCUCCUGACCUUCUACAGAGACAGGGUGUUCAAGGACCAUCAGGAGACAAGCCCAGAGGUCAUGAGGCAAAUCAGCAGCAUUGCCAACUCCUUCCUCUACAUGCAGAAAACUUUGGAGCAAUGUGUACAUAAUCAGUGUCACUGUAGUCAGGAAGCCACCAAUGCGACCAGAACCAUCCAUGACAACUACGAUCAGCUGGAGGCCUCAUCAGCUGCCCUUAAAUCUCUAGGAGAGCUAGACAUCUUUUUAGCCUGGAUUGACGAGAAUCAUCAAGAGACUUCUACAGCUUGACACUAAGUGCCUUGUCUGAUUAUCUAGGGAUACAUAACCCACUGUGAGCUCUCUCCCUCCUACCCCCCACCCCUGUGCUCAACACCUAACUUUGAAGAGGAGAGAUAUGUGGAAAGCCCCAUCAUUAUCUGCAGUGAGGGGGUCUUUUCUUGGAAAUUGCUGAUGUGGAAGGAACCUUCUCUUCUGGGCUGGGGCCUCGCUGGAAAAAUCAGGGUUUGAAUAGAUCUCAGCUGCUGGCUGAGGUCUCAGCUCUCUGAUCGCACCUGAAAAUAGCCGAGUUGGCAGCUAUGGUAUUUAUAGCAACAUGUGGCUGUUGAGACAUCCCGGAUGCUGUCACCGGACAGCUCCUCUAAUUUAUUGUGAAGUGGCUCUCCCAGGCCUAUGCUGUGUACCACAUGGUGUGCUGUAGUGCAUAUUGUACUGACUGACAUUUAUGAAUAAACUGUGCUUUACCAGUGAGAA